CUUAUAUUGCAAAGUUGAAUGAGGGAACACGAUUAGUCCUCGAUUCACGACUCCACGUCUGAAGUUCAAUUCAAAUUGAAAUAGUGAGAAAUUAUUGUCUUGUGAAUAGUAAGCACCACAGUUGAGUUUAAGAAAGCGCUCACUGGCAAUCCGCCGCGAAUUAUUUUAUCGGAAUUUUUUGGUCGCUCACCACUAUCAAUUUGGCUUUAAUAAAUGCGCAUUUUAUUACAAUCAAAGAUUCUGUGCUGUGCCCGUGAUGUGCGAAAUUACGAAGGCAUCCGAUGCAAUGAGAUAGAAAAUUCGGUAAAAGAUUGACGUGGAAAUAGUGUCAUGACAUGGCAUCCAGAUUCAGAAUCGCGGAAACUAUGAGGAAGAAUUGCCUCAAAAUAAUUAUAGCAUUCAUAUGUAUAGAGAACUCCCUUACAAUGGAAUCAGAAGACCUUUGCAAUAUAGUGAUCCAACCUGGCGAGUAUAUUCGAAUGAAAAUUGAUGCAAAACUAAAUUUGAGUUGUGACCUAAGCAGAAAUGAAAUCGAUCCUUACAAUAUUAUUCCAAAGGGUUUAUUAUUCUUGGAAAAUAAUCGGAAAAUUGAUGAACUCUAUAAUAAGUUAGAAAAAACAGUAGUGACCACACUAACUAACUUGCAAGUAAAGAAAAAUAACACUUAUACAUGCAGAAUAUCAAAGCCUAGCAAAUUUAUGGAAAUGAAGGAGCUCAUAGUCGGAGACAAACCGUCCCCUGUGCAGAAUUUCGCAUGCUUACUAUACGAUUACGAAUAUUGGAAUUGCACUUUCCAUGCUAAUGAGAGAGUGCCAACAACAUACAAGGUUCAAUACAGGAUCAGCAGGCUUCUAUAUGACUGCCCCUGUGUUGAGGUCAACAGAGGAUACGAAUGUAAAACACAACUCUUUAGAAAAACGCACCCCAAUUACACCUUUGUUGUGAAGUCUAAAAAUUGUUUUGGAGAGAGAGAAGAGUGGUUCACCAUUCAAGCGUCUAAAAAUGUAAUUCCUGCUGAUUUGGAAUUGAAAGUAGAAAGGGCAAAUUCGACUGAAGCACAGCUUCAUUGGAACAUCAUUACCAUGAAUGAAAUGCUGUUUGAAAAAGGCUUUGUUAUCAAAGGAAAAUAUCGAUCACAGUACGACGAAACCUGGCAUAAUAUCGCUAAAUUUCAGACUAUUCGAAAGUCAUCCACACUGACGUUAAAGAGACUUUUUGGUAACACUGAGUACGAAGUAAUGUUAAAAGUGAAAGCCAAUAAAUCAAGAUCCUCUCCCGAAAUGUGGAGAUAUGCAAACGUAAAAUUCCAUACUUUGUCGGAACCACCAGAAAGGUCACCAGAAAUUGAUCCUGGAGCAUUUCAUAUUGAUAAUAAUGACUGCGCUCAUGUAUUUUGGCAAGACAUUCCCGAAUAUAGUAGAAAUGGAACAGGAUUUACUUAUAUUUUGAAUGCUAGUAGGAGGGAUACUCCUGGCAGCGGGAUUACCCGAAAAUGGCCGGAGUUUUCAACCAACAAAUACUUUUACAACGAAAUAUGUGGCAAAGGAUUUUACGAAUUCAUAAUUAGGUCAAAAAAUGACGAAGGACUGUCCACAGAAGCAAGUUCGAUUAUAGUCAACAUUCAACCCAACAGAACACAAAUUCUACCAAAGCCAGUCCAAAUAAAAGCUACUUACAAUGAUCAGGUAUAUAAGCUGAGAUGGAAAGCUCCUGAAUUCGCGGAAAAAUUGAACCUUAUGAGUUACACCGUGUUUAGAUGUUCAUCAAAAGCAUUCUCAUUUGAACUGUGCGAGAGUCCAAUUAUUUUUCAACGAGUUCCCGCCCAUCAAAUAAAAAUCGAAUUUCCCAAUGAAUUAGGGAAUUCUGGUACGAUGAUAUUUGCAGUAUCGGCUAAUUAUAAAGAAGACAGUUCCGGCAUGGCUACCACUUUAUGUAUUCCUCAUGAAAAUACAGUUCUGUGGCAACUAGACCCAAAGAAUGAUACAGUGACGAGUAAUACCAUCAAGGUGGAGUGGGUGAUGAUGUGUGAACAGCGUGCUUUAGUCACUGGAUACCUUCUACAAUACUGCGCUCUAGAUACAGGUACAAAUAGGUGUACGGGAGAACUGAUUAAUGUGACCGACAUCUCACCUGAUGAAAGCAUGUUUACCUUAACCGACGUUAGACCAUUUACCAACUACAGCCUCAGACUACAAAUGUAUUCGAACCGCAACCGAGGACCAUUCAGUUUGCCAUUAACAGUCCAGACUGCCGAAGCAGCUCCUUCUGCGCCCAGGAAUCUAAGGGUUCGUGAAAUAUUCAGCCAUAAUGUUAUUUUGGAAUGGGAUGUCCCAGAACUACCAAACGGUCUUAUAAAGUAUUACUAUGUAAUACUCAACGGCACUAAUUUCAAAGAAUUGGAGGCUGGGACCCCAAAGCACACCGUAUCAUACAAUCUUACUGAUUUAGCAAGUUUCCAGACGUAUAGUAUUCAAGUGGCGGCAGCGACAUUAAGCAACUCAAAAAAAAUGAAAGGCCUGCCCAGCGAAAAAAUAAAUAUAAGAACAAACGUUGGUGAACCCGGAGAAGUGGGAUCACCCAGCGCGGAAAACGAAGAUGGAACAAUAAGUGUUUCUUGGCAGCAGCCUCGGGAAAUCCAUGGCCCAAAGAACGAUAUCCUUUAUGAACUGAGAUGGACGAAGGGAAAAGACUGGGCAAGAACCGAAACUAAUAAAACGGAAUACGCCCUUGAAUUGAAUUGUGUGGGCAAUCAAAGUUUUCAAAUAUUCUUGCGAGCAAUCCAAUCAACGCCAUGUCAGAAUGACAAUGAAAAUCUUAUUGCCUGCUUCAAUCCCAACAUCCGUUCUCAAUACAAUGGUAAAUGGCUUCUUGUUUACGACAGCUAUUGCUACUCAGCUGCUUUCAACUGGGUAGUACCGGUUUCCGCUGUUCUACUAGGAUUCGCUUUAGUAGCUGUAUGCCUAGCAAUUUUCUACAAACAUAAAAAAAUGAAAACUUUAAAGCUUAUAGUACCGCAGGGAUUGAAUGAUAUUUAUGAAAGCAGUCCUGUCAAGACUUCUCCGAAAAGGUCCGACUCUAUCGAAAAGAAAAAAAAUAUUUCAGGCGGACUAAGUUUCGAAAUUCAAACCCUUCUAGAUGAUUUGGCCUCUCAUAGUGAUAGUAAUCUGAAACACCACUGGCUGAGGGAUCAGAAGUAUUUGUCUAAAUGUAAUUCAGCGGGGCAACUGACUACAAACCAGCUAAACCAGGAGCGGUCAGAUAUGACCAUUCUUGUUACAAUAGAUACCAACACCAGACGCGCUGCGAUGAUGAAUGCAUUCAAGGAUGAUACGAAAAUUUCGUCAGUUCGUUUCAAUCUAUCGGAGUAUCUAGAGUUAGCCAAACGAGAUAAGGAUCUAAGGAGAAACGACGAAUCCGAUCCUUCGAAAACUGGGGCUGAAAAAAGCAGUCCAUACAUUGUAGACAAUUAUGUAUCCAGGGAGUCGUCACAAGAUAGUAAGCCAGAAGUUAGAAAAUCAUUCGGUGAAACACAGUCUGAUGAACUAUGCCAGGAUGACGAAUCUUACGAGAUACAUACAAUUCCAAAUUCAGGAUACGUCACUGUUCAUUUACCACCAAAGUUCCCAUCAAAGACCCCCAGAAACACCCUAAGCGAUACAAAGGCAAACCCAGAACCAACCACAAGUGUCAAUGCUUUUCCAGUACCCAAAAUGAGUUCAGAAUGUCAACCUUCUGAAUCUUACGAAGUAGAAAGGAAUAUGGUGUCAGGAUACGUUACAGUUCAUCUGCCAAUAAGGUGUUCACAACCGGCUCCAAUGCCAACUUCUAUAGGCGAAGCACGAUCAAAUGGAGUUUCUACCAUUCCUUCAAAUCAGGAAGUAGCCAGUAAAAUUAGUAAUAAAUACAAAACGCCAAUGCGUGACAAACCAACCGAAGUUACAAAAAAUAUUACACUUCCAGAAACGCAAUUCAAAGGAUAUGUAAAACUGGACGAUCUCUCAUUUUUAGCCAGUCAAUGUAGGAUAGACGAAAGUAAACAUUAGUUAGGAUGUAUAUUGCAUAUUUCUAAGUUUUUUAUAUCCUUUUGAAAUAAAAAGAAAAAAAAUGAUUCUAAAUUAAAAA